AUGUACGUGGGCGCCGAUUGCCCACGCAGAUGCAACGUCAGCUUGGAUCGCGCCAACCAGGCCGCGUCUUCCUCAAGCAGGUCUGGGCUGGGAGAGGCGCGUCAGCUCCUCCAGCAGGCUUGGGUCUGGCAGUCAAGCUCCGACCUGAGGCUCGCGCAAAUGCUUGGACACAGGAUUGCGUUCCUAUCGACCACACUGCAAAUAGCCAGAGCCACUUGGCCCACUGGUGUUGCCACGAGGAGACGUUCGCUCUGCUUUGCGCUACGGGUAGUGCCACAGUGUGGUAAAGCCAAGUUUACAUCCGCAGCCAUGGUGAGCGCUCCAGCACGAAGCGCACCAGCUCACCACUGCCGUGUGUCUUCGAGUCUUGAAGAAGACGUCGACGAGACGCUACGGUCUUACUCGACCCGCGUCGCAUCCGCGCAGCUUCUUUCGACGCUGGCCCUUGAGGAUCGCGCGCUCUUCAAAUCUUCUGCCGAAGAUGAUGUCGUCGUCAUCACCAAGGAGACCAUCUUCUAUGCACAGGGCGGUGGGCAGCCCUUUGAUACUGGCUCCAUGACCAGCAUGUCAGCCAAUUUCCAGGUCUCGGCCGUGCGCAACUCCGUCGUGUCACCAGGCGCGGUGCUGCACUUGGGCCGGUAUCUCGAAGGCGCCUUCACCCAGGGUGAUGCAGUCGAGCAGAAGGUUGACACGAAACGUCGCGAUGACAAUUCACGUCUGCAUACAGGCGGGCAUGUUGUCGCCCUCGCCGUGCGCAAGCACCUUCUCAACGGCGCCGUAGAUGACGUCUCUCACAAGGAUCUCGUUGAACUUGGCGCUUCUCAUUACCCCGACUCGGCGUAUGUCAACUUUCAGGGUACCAUCGAAGCAGCGCACAAGGACGCUAUCCAGACCCAAGUCGACGCCUUCGUAGAUGCCGCGCUGCCGGUCAAGGUCUACUUUUGGAGUGAAGAGGAAUUGCGGGCUCGCUGCGCCGCUGUGCCCGACGCUGUCGCCAUACAAGAUAGGGACGGCGGGCUGACGAGGGCGGUGGAUAUCGAGGGUGCUGGGGCAUAUCCUUGCGGCGGAACACACGUCAAAGAUACUAGUCUUGUCGGGAAAGUGAAGGUCAGGAAAAUAUCGAGGUCCAAGGGCUGCAGCAGGGUAUCAUACACGGUCGAGCAUCCAUAG